AGGGUUCGCGGAUCCCCCACGACACCUAUAAGCACCAACCCUAGCCCAAAACCCCGCUUCCACUUCACAGCCUCUCCGCCUCCGCUCCUCGCGCCGCCGCCGCGUCUCCUCCUGUACAGGUAAGGAGAGGAAGAGGGCGAAAUGGUGAAGCACAACAACGUCAUCCCCAACGGGCACUUCAAGAAGCACUGGCAGAACUAUGUCAAGACAUGGUUCAACCAGCCCGCCCGCAAGCAGAGGCGCCGCAUCGCUCGUCAAAAGAAGGCUGUGAAGAUAUUCCCCCGCCCGACUGCUGGUCCUCUACGCCCCAUUGUUCAAUGCCAGACUUUAAAGUACAACAUGAAGUCAAGGGCUGGGAGAGGCUUUACCCUUGAGGAGCUGAAGGCUGCUGGCAUCCCAAAGAAGCUUGCUCCAACCAUUGGUAUUUCUGUUGAUCACCGCCGCAAGAACAAAUCCCUUGAGGGACUGCAGGCCAAUGUCCAGAGGCUUAAGACAUACAAGGCCAAGCUGGUUAUCUUCCCAAGGCGUGCACACAAGGUUAAGGCUGGUGACUCUACUCCAGAGGAGCUUGCCACCGCUACCCAGGUCCAGGGUGACUACAUGCCAUUUACUCGUGGUGAGAAACGUUCAGUUGAGGUUGUGAAGGUCACAGAUGAGAUGAAGUCAUUUGCUGCCUAUGGCAAGCUCCGCCUUGAGCGGAUGAACAAGAAACAUCUUGGUGCCCGCCAGAAGAAGGCAGCUGAGGCAGAGAAGGAAGAUAAGAAGUGAAGCGGUUGAAGAUAGUACCCUGUUUUGUUCUAUUCAGUCAUUAGUGAAUGCUACUACUUAAAGUGCUUGUUCUAUGUUUUUUUUGCGGUAAUGGAAAUAGAGCCCAGACAAACAUUUUGGUGUCCUACUGUUUGAUGCCUUGUACUUGUUUGCGAACUCAGCUAUCUAAUGGGUUAUUGGAUUCUUGC